UUUAUGCCCUAUCCCAUUAUUAAUGUACAUAUUGAAAUUAUAGUUAAAAUGAUUAACACUUUUUGAUCGAUUAUUUUAUUAAUACAAAGUCAGUUGUUCUGAAAAGGGAAGGUAGAUGAAGGCAUAGCUCUCUAACCCUUGACCUCAGCCCCAUAUGUCGCACUUGAUGUUAGCAAAUCAAUGUCGGAACGAACGUGUUGUGUCGUACAUGUAUACCGUAGACGUAGUGAGAUGCCAAGUUCGAAGACCAGCUAUGCCCUAUCAAGCUUGGCCUACAUCAUGUCAUACCAUCCUAAAAGCUUAUUUCAAAGGCUGAGGGAAAGUCUUGAGAGGAACAGACUGCAGAACCCUUAUGGAGAGGCCGAGCAUGCAAUAGCUGGAGAAUGUCAAGAAAUGUGCCCCAAAAGGGAACAGAAAGAACGUGAAAAUCAGAGAAGGCUUCAUACAUUGGAGAUGGUUGAAGGAACCGAGAGAGAAAGAAGGCCAAAGGUUGAUUGUUCUCUUGCCAUCAAAGAAUACUCAAGACCAGCAGCAGGCAAAGAGCAGGCCAAUCCUUGUGACCUACGACCACCAGAGGUUCUUAUGAAGGUUGUCAAUCACAUUGUACAAAACAUUCUUACCCGUACUGACCUGCCUUGGUUCAAGAUCUAUAACUUUGCCUUUGAUCGCCUUAGGGCAGUUAGGCAGGACCUUGUCAUUCAGAGAGCUUCUGGUUCAGAAUGUGUUAUGAUUCUUGAACAGUGUGCAAGAUUCCACAUAUACUCUGCUUACAGGUUGUGUUCUGCGCCUCUCUCAGAGUUUGAUCCCAAAAUCAAUUCUGAUCACACCAGCGAAUGCCUCAAGAGACUUCUAUUUAUCUACCAACUACAACGUCAGGAUGAAAAUAUUGAACAAGAUAAAACUAAGCAAGAUGCCCAAAUCCAAAUGGAGUCUUGUCAUGUCUUAUUUAAUUUAGGUUCAUUUGAUACAUUGUUUCAUAUCUUGUCAUUGCCAAAAGAAAUUAGGCUCAGCCCAAGAUUAGUUAAUGCAGUAGCUCUCGCAAAAGCCUUCCUAGAAGGGAACUAUAUCCGUGUGAAAAAGUUAGCGGUUAGAUUAAGUGCAAUAGAAUUAUGCUGUCUACAUACACAUCUGCAACAAAUGAGGAGUCAAGCUUUGACAACCAUGAAUGCUGCCUUCAGCAGUCGUAACCUACUCUUCCCUAUGCAAGUUCUGACUAAUUGGCUCAUGUUUGACGAGGUGGAGGAGGCACAAGAUUUUUGUCAUCAUUAUGGUCUCACCUUGAAGGACGGAAAAGUGGUAUUUUCCAAAAGUUGCUCCUUGCAGGACUACAAACUUCCUCCAAAACGCUCCUGGUGCACUUACAUCGAUUGCCAGCUUGAAGUCCUAACCAUCCCAGAUAUUAUUCAAGGAGCAGUGAGGUAACAUUAAUGAUGCAUCUGAUUGUCAAAGUACUUUAAUGUCAAAGGAUCAUCUCAGCAUCAUGGUCAUUAUUGUUCUUAUGUCAUGCAGUAUCAAUGCAGUUCAGAGAAUACAAAUCUAUACAGUACUUCAAACUUGUUUACCCUUUGACAGUUCAUUUGUCUACUGUCCAUAUGAAAGGGAACUUGAGAAUUUGAGUAUUACUUUUAAAUGCAUGAUAUACUGCAGUGAUGGAGAUUUUGUGAACAGUAGGAGGGUUGAAACAUAUCAAGACAUUAUGAAUUCUGCCUGCAUCAAAAUCUACCAAGAGACCUCACUGCGAAUGAAUUCUCAUGGGUACUUGUCAUAAAUGAAUGUUGUCAUUAAAACGGGAAAUAAGUACAUGUGACCGUCCAGCAUUGAAGAUCUGCAAAAGUUUGUUUCCUAGACGGGUGGGCAAAUACAAAAUCUAUCCAAUAUAUUUCAUACAAAAUAAUGUUAAUCAUUACAAAUUGAGAUGGGGGAAUGUCCCCCCCUGAUUACCGCCUUUACUAUAGAGUCUAGAGAGGUAGCUUUAAUCACUUAUAGACUGUUUAUAGAUAGGAAGGGAAUGUUCAAUUUUAUUUUCACCUUCAGAUCUUUUUUUUUCUUUAAGACCUGUUCUGAUGGGUUAACCCUAUUGUGAGCAAUCAUGUUCUCUAAAGAAAAAAACACUACUUGAAUGAAAUCUUGACGAUUAAUUAAUACUUAUAUCAUGCCUUGGUUUUAAGUGCGUGUAACUGGUUCAGUGUUUAUCCUUUAGAUGCAAUUGUCAACCAGAGUAAUUAAUUUUCAGUUCAUAGACAUUCAAGAAAAAACGAGCAGCAAUUAUUUUUUUUUUAUAUACAAAUACUUGUAAUCAAUCAAGCAGAUAAUACAUUUAUUUUUGAGGUAUUAGAAAGUUAAGUACAAUAUAAUGAUUCAGUUAUGUACACAUUUCCAAAUCAGUAACUUUUGCUUUUGAAUAUUAUAGUACAAUGGCCUCUCUGAUGAUAAAUUGUACACAUGUGAUCUAAUCAAGAGAGGCAGUUGCAAAUAUGAUGGUAUAAACAUAAAGUUGAAAUCAUUUUCAAAACGGUAAAUUUCUGUUUGUUUGGUGUUUUCUUCAUAGGGAGGUCAUAAUUAAGUUAUGCCUUUGAGAUCAAGACAUUUUUUUUAGAUUUUUCUUUUGGCUUGAUGUUGCCAUCAUAAAAUGAUGAAAAAUGGCCCAUGACUGCCACAUAAUAAACCAUGAUUACAUAAUGUGACAAUAGUAAUUACUGGUAGAUGGAAUGGGCAGUCAACCCAAACCAAAUAUAACCAGGGGCCGAAGCCACUUGCUCCUGGGACUGAAACAUGUUUUCCCCCUUCACAGCCCGUAUGGACACAAGCUUGGGUUGUCAUCCCCAAAGGGACCCUGGCCAGCAAGGAGCCAAGCUAGACAAGCUAGUAACCUUGACUUCUAACCUCCCCUCCCAAAGUUUGCUGCAUAAACCAGAUUACAUACAAUAUUUAGUUCUCCCAAGUUUUUGAAAUAGCCAGACAUCCAUAAAAUAUCAUGUUAUAUGAUUAUUUGAAGAAAUAAUUUUUCUGUGAAAUUAUUAAAAUACUUGUAAAUGA